GAUGCCAUUUGUAUAUGUUCUGUGCGUGGGGGCAGUCUUGGUGUUUUAAAAUUCCUAUAAAAACUGGCCAAAAUUUUUUUUUUGUGUGUGCAAUUUCUGAUAUGAUAAUGUAAAAUAUUUAAUUUGUACUUUGUAGUAAAUGUUCCACAUGGAUGAAAGUAAUUUGGAGCGCCAGAAAGAUGAAAUUGAAGCAUUAGCUGCUAUUUACACAGAAGAGUUCAAGAUAGUCAAUGGGGAAAAUCAUAUUUAUGAAUUGGAAUUCCGCAAACACCAAGGAAAAUCCACUUUAAAAAUCAUACUUCAGGUUACUCUGCCUCCAUUGUAUCCUGAAGAAAGUCCACCAAUGUACGAGAUUCAAGCCCCUUGGCUGAAGGGUACUUCGCGGCAGGAACUAUACAAUGCUUUGGAGAGUAUUUACUUGGAAAAUAUAGGUGAAGACAUUCUUUUUAUGUGGGCAGAAAAAGUCAGGGACAUUCUGGAGAAGGAAAAUCCUGAUUCUGAAGGAAAUGUAUCAGAUAUAAGCAAUUGUGAAACCGAUUUCAAGUCCCAUGAAGAGCCCUUACUACCUUGUCCAAGGAUCUCACAUGGUGAAACGAUAACUGACCGCAAAAGUACAUUUCAGGCACAUCUUGCUGUAGUGUCGAGCAUGGAUGAUAUAAAAGCUGUGCGGCAAAAUUUGUUAUCCCACAGGAAAAUCGCUAAUGCUACUCAUAACAUUGUAGCAUACAGAAUACAAAACAAAAUUGGAACAUUUAAUCAAGACUGUGACGAUGAUGGUGAACAUGCUGCAGGUGGAAGAUUAUUGCAUCUUUUACAAAUCCUUGAUGUGAAAAAUAUUAUAAUCAUUGUUAGUAGGUGGUAUGGGGGCAUCCACUUGGGUCCAGACAGAUUCAAGCACAUAAAUAAUGCUGCGAGAAGUAUUUUGCAGAGUGAAGGGUUUUUAAACAAAAAUGCAAAAUAAUAUAGAACUUGGAUGAUAGAAAUGUUAUUUUAUCAUAAAUUUUAUUCAUGGCACUUUAUGAUAGAACCAAAC